CGGGAAAUUACAGUAAUACUGAUUUGGCGCGAAGCAGAAAACAUAAACACUAUAAAAACCACGUGCAAUAUUUUAUAUUUGCAGAUAAAAUAGAUUUUAGUCAUUGUAAAGUAAUGCCGAGAAACGACGAUUUUAUGUUUUAUGUUUUGCUCGGUGGUGAAGCAGUUAGAGAAUACGAAAAAGAUGGGAAAUCUUAUAUAAUGACAAAUUUGAUGCACGACACGACCUAUUACGAAGAGCGAGUUGAAUUCGUCGAUGACAGAGAAGAGAGGCAAAAAAUUCCCGUUACUCCUUACCAAAUAGCGAUCACUCUGACUUCAUCGAAAUGGCAGGAAGCUUGGGCGGCCGUUUAUGUCGAUGGAUGUUUUGUUAAACGUGUUUUCCUUAGGCAAGGAAAGAAAUUGUGAGUAGUUUGUGGUCGGGCAGUCCCACCCCUGAAAUGUCGUUUGUUGAAACACCACCAGCAGGAAUUCGGCGUGCCACAAGGCUAACACUGUGCCCGUUUGGCGUACAGGACAAAGAUUUUUGGAAAAGCAAUAGAUUUUUAUUGUAUUUUAGUCUGGUCAACAUGGCCACCAUUUUAUUGUUUUUCAAUUCUCAAGGGUGCACACAUAAAAAUAAAAAACUUGUCAACAACGAGUUGUUGGAACAACUUGUAACAAGUCUGUUGAGCUCAGCAACCUUGUAGCAAUUGUCAACAAGCCGUUGACAGCUUGCCAACAAGCCGGGAACAGCAUUGGGCAUAAAAAAAAUACCUGUGGUUCCGGUUCCCGACCGACCCUAUUUUUUUCUGCCGACCCUAUUAUUUUUUCAACGCGAUUGACCUAUCGACCCUAUUUUCUCCAGGUGGUUGCGGGCUGCUCAUACAGACCCUAUUUUUUUUACGCCUUGCUACAAGUCUGCAACAGGUUUGCUACAACCUGUGUGUUCUUAUGUGUGUAGGUUGCAAGUCAAGAAUAUAUUUACCAUAACAUGCAGAACUUUCCAGACAGGCAAAAAUUGAUGACCUUCAUUAGAGUUGUUUUUUGUUUCCUGGUUUCUCACAUGUUUUUGUUGGAUUGGAAUAAAGUAUACAUAUUUUCAUUUAUGUAGUGUUCUAAAAGGAUUCAACGAUGGUGAUAAAAUUAGAGAAUUUCUUUUUUCACUUCCUCGAUUUGGUAGAGAUAAGGUUUGUAUUAGGCUCUGUUUACAUGGGACUGCAAUUGGGACAAAAUCAAACCAAAUUUCAUUUUGGUCAGUACUAUUUAUAAUAGAUGUUUACAUGAGACCAGGACAAAAAAUUACUCAGACCAGUCUGAAGUCAAUUCACUCAUUGGAACCAAACCGACUAUCUUCAGACCGGGAUGAAAUCAGUGCAGGAUGAAUGUAAACACAAAUACAUUUCCGACUGGUCUCGGCUAUGCUUUCGGCUUCAGAACAACGCAUACUCACAGAAACAGAGAGAAAUAUCAGGCAAGGGAUAUAAAUUAAAAGAUUUGUGAUUUUUAUACUGGUCUCAUGUAAACAUGCUAACAAUUUCGAUUUUCGUCUUGGUUCAACCUUGUUGGUGUUUUUGUAUUCCUCAAAGAAUGCUUUAGUUUUGCCACUGACGAUUUCUAGGAUGACCGAAUAGAAGAGGAUAGAGUCAAUAAAGUUGGCUGUAUCUUGAUUGAAUUAAAGGAAGCCAAAUACAGUCACACUGAGAUGAGGAACAAGCGUUCACAAUCCGAGCAAUCACUCGAUUACAAACAGGCAACCAAGAAAGAUGCAUCUGUAGUGACAAAGGGAACAUACACCAUGGCUACAACCAAACCAGGACGUUGUAUUGAAGAUCUGCAUUCAGGAGGGAAAAGAGAAUGCAGUAAUGAGAAACAGAAAGUUACUCUGUGGAACACUGGUGUGGAACUCAGCAAAUUGGAUGUAAAGUACCAUAUGAGGCAUACUCUGGUUGGAAUGGGAAUUGAAAUGUUGGAGUGAAACACUAGCUCUGAAAUUGUUAUGUUGGGUUUUGGAGAAAUUAUUUACUUUUAGCACUGAUAGUUUGACUAUUGAAUUAUCCAAAAAAAAUAAGAAGUUUUGUUAAUAUUAGAUUAAAUUAGAAAUUUUGGAGUCAAUAGACCUUAGAAGUUCGUACA